GGGUCCUGUCAGGCAAAAGGCACUGUGUAAGUGUAAGAAGAGAAUCUCACGUUCAGUCCCUCACGUGGUGGACCAGAGGAUGCAAGAAUCCUCGUCACGCUUUACGAGAAGUAACUGCUCUUAGUGGCAAAUCUAACUUGCUUGUUUUCGAGAGUCAUUGCCACUGCCAGUGAGUGUAUCAGUGUUAACUUGAAUGACGUUUUUCUGUAGUAACGGGGCUCAUUGAUGUGUCAAGAGCAGACCGGAAAUUAUACUGUUGGCGCGCUCGAGUGAAAUGAAUGAAGGACCACGUGGUUCGUGAAGACAGACUGGAUGGAUAGAUAAUAACACUCGUUAAAUUCUGUUGUAUGCGUGAAAGUGCCACAUUGGAUAUGCAGUUCAUAACCUCUGUGACGGAGAAUGGAAAAUGCUCGUGUUUGAAAGAGCUGGAAAAUUUGACGUUUGUUUGACAGCUAUCACGCCUGGUUAGAGCGAGUGGUACACGCUGUCUGUCAGGCAUCAAUGGAAGUUUUACGCAAUCGCUCCUGUACGUCGGUUUGAAAUAGUCUGUAUUCCGUGUUCAGCUGAUAGUGAACAUUUUAACCGACUUACACCUCUGAUGUACCUCCAGCGUUGUGGUCCUUUAUCCAGUCAUGGACCAGAACCACAUUAAUACGUAUGUGGUCGCAGUAUCUCACGGUAAAACAUUUACGGGAAAAUCAGCAAGGCAACUGUAGCCUACUUUAUUUUUUAAAACAAGCUAGAGAGAGAACUCAGGGCAAACGGCAGGGAGGGUUGCUUUGGCUGGUUCCCAACUUGACUGUCAAAAAAGAAAAAAAAAAAAAAAAGUUCAGCAGUCAGCGAACUCGUUUCGUUCGUCUUUGGCUUCGCCUCUACGAAGGACCAUUAUUAUGCAUUACCUCUCCGACAGCUCUCAAGAUGGUGAACUUUUCAUGACGAAAGCAGGGCGAGAGCGAUCUUCUUCCACGAGCACGGACCCUUCGUCUGUAGGAGACGAUGCUAAUUUUCUGAGGACUGCAGCAGCUGCAGCUGCCCGAAAACGGCGGGGCAACCUGCCCAAAGAAUCCGUGAAGAUCUUGAAGAAAUGGCUGUAUGACCACCGCUACAAUGCCUACCCCUCCGAUGACGAGAAAAUGCAGCUCUCCAGGGCUGCCAACCUAUCCGUUCUUCAGGUGUGCAACUGGUUCAUUAAUGCCAGACGAAGAAUUCUCCCAGAAAUCAUCCGAAGGGAAGGACACGACCCUGACAAGUACACCAUCACCAGGAGGGCGAAGAAACUGAAGGGCAUCUCCCCCAGAGACCGCAUCGACCAGGAGGAGUACCCCCCCACCCGCCAGUCGCAGAACGACUACGCUCCUCGCCCUCGCCCUCGCUGGGAGUCGACCGAUCUGACAGAUCACGACUACGACUUCUCCAUGGAUUCCCGCGUGGCCACUUGGGUGAAUGAGCACCACAGAGUUCCCACGAAGCCCCAUUACGAGGCUGUGUGUCCCUGCGGAUGUGGGUCAGAGUCAGACCAUACUCCCGCGACCUUCCCCAGUAACAACACAGCAGCAGCGGCAUCGCCAACAGCCCCUGCUGCGCCAGCAGUAGCCGUAGUAGCGGCAGUUCCUUCCAACGGCCCGCCAGUGGCCGUCCAGCAGACGACGACCGCACCGAACUUCGUCACAGAGGUGGUGGCUCCUGCCACUUCCACUACGAACCAGAACCUGUACACGGAUGCUCACUCCCCUGCCUACACCCCCAACGACUCCCCUCUGUACCCACCCUCCACACCUGAGCAUUAUGUCCCGCAAACGGACUACAACCACCACAGCUACAGCACCCCCGCUCAAGUGACACCUCCCCCCACCCCUCCGGAGGAUGACGCCGACAAGUUCAAGUGUUUGUACAUGUUGGUGGACGCCGCCCUCAGUCAGUGGGAGAAGCAAAACGCUUCUCCACCGCCCCAGGAUGCUAUCGACACCACUCGUACCUACCUCAGCCUCUGAUGGGUCAUACUUAGCCUCUGUAUUUUUGUUUUUUUCUGCCAUCAGGAUGAUAAAGUUUCCAUGAGAUUAUUAGGCUGCAAUUUUUUUUAAGCAUUAAGAUUUGUGCCUUAAGAGAAUGCGGGAUUAAUUUUUAAACAAACCUUAACGCAGCUAAUGAUUAAAAAAUACAAGAACUUAGAACAAAAAACUUCUGAUUGUUGUGCUCACAUAUAAUGUAGAAAUAUGUAAUUGAUUUUUUUUUUUUUGGAAUCAAAGUUGAGUAUUUGUCUUUUUGGUUGUGAAUUUUCAUGCUGUUGUAGUCUAACGAGAGAGAGAGAGACCUUCGUUAAUGCUUCUGUACACGUAGGUGUUUACAGUUAGUUACAGGAUACUCACUGUCAUUUUUAUUUUCGGCUAAAACAAAUUAGGUGGGCCUCUAUAUUAGGCAUUCACUAGUGGAUGACAUACUAACCACGUACAUAUAUCUUUUCCUAAAUGAGGUAGCUGUGGAUUGCCAAGCUCUUUAAUAGUACAAUGGAUCGUCUUGCAAGGAUGCAGUUUAUUUUAGUUCACCUGAAAUGUUUUAGGUCACCUUAUUGUUUUCAUUCUUUGAAAGUAUACUUUCAUAGUUGUAGUGAUAGAACAUUCCAAAAUUGUCUUGUGUCUUCCCUUAAUAAAUAUUGUCAAAGGUCCUUCGUUGGACUGACAUACUGGCAGUGAAUCUACUACUGUAUAGAACCUGUUGCUGCUGCAUAUAAAUAGCUUUUUUUUAAACGUAUUUGUUGUCAGGUAUGUCAGUCCAUUGCUGGACCUGGUAACAUUGCCUUAAGACAUAUCGCUCAAAGUCCUCCACUCAUACAUAAAAAGUGUAUAUACUCCUGUGCCUUACUGAGUGAUGUUGAACGAGGGUUAUUUAUUCAUUCAGUUUUUAGCUCAAGAAUAACUCGAGUUUAGAGAGUGUUCACAGAAACAGUCCCACGUGUACAACCUACUUGUGACCUAUUUUGCAGCUUUGGGUAGGAGGGAGUCGUGGCAGGAGGCGCAAUGCUGCCUUUUGUUGGUCCUGAGCAAUAAUUUCCUCAUAGAAACGAAGUCGUAUGAUACGCUCAAACUGGCGUCGAGUUUUUGCCAAUGUUCUUUCUUUUAAUAUUGGUUUAUUAUGUUUUGAAUCUUAUAUCCUCUGUUAUUAUCUCUUGAUUUAUUUGCUUUAUUUUAUUGGGCUUUGGUAAAAACGUUUUAAGAUUGAAAACUUUUUAAAUUUUUUUAACAGGUUAAUUUAAAUAAUUUUUGGGUUAUGUAGGUAGACCUUUAUUUGAGUCAUUGUUGACCGUUUACUAUUGGCUUAACGUUGCGUUACCGAUAUUUUUUUAAGAAUAUCCGAAGGUUAUUUGCAUUUUUAAGUUUAGUAUUUCAUUUUCCCAAUUGUAGUAGUUCUGGUACAGAUUUUAAAAUGUUUUGUACUUUGGAUCUUUUGGUAUGUCAAACUAAUUUGUAUCACGUGACAAAGGAACAGAUUUAGUUUUUAAUGUUCACAAUUUUGUUAUUUUGUUUACAUGUCGAUCUAAGGUGAUACGCUGUGUACAAGGAGACCACAUAAAAGGAAUCACAUUUUCUACUUAAACAAGUGAAAGAAGAAAAAUCUUUUCAACACAAGGGUGCUAUUAUUUCUGUAAAUUAAGACCCCUCCCGUGUAGGGAUUAGUCUAGCCAUUGCGUAUAAACCCUCCCAGCUGGUUGGUUCAGCUCCUGAAACUCCAAUUGAAGCUUUAAUUAUUUUGAUAAUGUAGUAGGUGUGACUAUGAAUGUCAGAUUUGGAAGACUGACUGUGCUAGCCUGGUAGUGAGAGGGAUUUUCUUUUAGGAGUUUAUUAUCAGUCUACUGUAGGUGAGUGGAGUUUGUGUGAGAUGAGGUUUACCAUUUUCGGAAUGCAGUUUAGUGUUGCCACUCCCGUCCGCCUCAUACAGAGGGAAGGGAGUAACUGCCUUCCUUGUUUCUAUACGUAAUUUCUAUUAUGUGAAUGGUUUAGUCAAUUUGAAAUGAGAUAACUGUAAAGGCACAGUAAGAUUGUUUUAGUUGUUUUGUGGCAGUGCAUAUUUUAUUGUGCAACAUUUUUGAAUGCGGAAUUCAACACAGAAACUUGGAUCAGGUAACCAUUAUCAUUCUGAUUACUUUACUCGUGCCAUGAAGGUCCAUUGCAUUGAAAUGCCACGAAUCAGUCCGUUGAAGCAGUCGAGUUUCGUCGACAUUGCUCGCAUCGGACAAUCGAGUAGUGAUCCUAAAUCAUGAAAAUCGAAUAGCUGUAGAUGAUGUGAAUAUAAGAAGUGUGUUCUUAAUUCCGGGCGUCGAUCAGAGCCACUCUGCUCCCACCAACAUCCUGCGGAUGCUUGUUUUCCAGAGAUGCCAUCGCUCAUCUGUUGUUUAUAUAGACGUACUGUACUUUUAUUUUGCUGGGAACGGGUAAUCUGAAAGGCAAAGUCCUUUAGCUCUGCGUCCUGGGGAUGUUGGUGGGUGCACGUUGGAAGUGUCGCGGUCAGGAUGCCCUGAGCGUAGUAAAAUACUAGUUUGUUUAUUGUACAGUGUAUAACUAUUAGGAAAUAAAUGAUUAUAUAUGUA